UUUUAGUCCCUGUGUAAUAAGACAUUUUUUAAGUAUAAAUGUCACAAGAACGACCAUUAAGAUGGGGAAUUUUUGGAUGUGGUAAAAUUUCUUUUGAUUUUUGUAUUGCGUUAUCAACACUAUCAAAAGAGAAACAUUCUAUAGCCCAUGUAGCAGCAAGAGACAUUAGCAAAGCUGAAGAAUUUGCUCAACACUUUAAUGUAAAAUCAAUCAGUGGGAAUUAUGAAGAUGUUGCAAAAGAUCAAGGUGUUGAUAUAAUAUACAUUGGUACUAUCAACCCAACUCAUAAAUCCUUGAGCAUUUUAGCUAUGAGUAAUGGGAAACCUGUGCUUUGUGAAAAGCCUGUAUGUAUGAAUUCUGCAGAGUUAGACGAAGUUUUGACAUGUGCAAAGAAACAUAAUGUUUUUUUUAUGGAGGGAAUGUGGACAGCAUUCUUCCCUUUAUAUCGCGAGCUCUUAUCAAACAUUGACAGUGGGGUUUAUGGAAAUGUCAAUGUUGUAACUUUAACAUUUGGUAUUCAAGACAUGUUUAAAGAUCGACUUUCUAAUCCAGAGCUUGGUGGAAGUGUGUUGUUUAACAUAGGCGUUUAUACUUUAUUUGUUACUGAUAUGUUAUUUCAUGGACUUCCUGUAAAACAGCUUUCUGCUUGUGGACAUAUUGAUCCAAGUACUGGAAUAGACAGAUCGGAAAGUGUCUCAUUUCUUUAUGAAGGGAAUAAAACUGCUCAAAUUUUGAUUGAUGGAGAUCAUCAGUUGACAAAUGAAUGUGUUAUAUUUUGUUCUGAGGGUACAAUAAUUAUUGAGGAACCAUUUUGGUGUCCAACAAAGUUUAUCUUCAAGAGAAAUGAUGGCAGUGUUGAUGUUCGUUUAUUUCCUCUAUCCAAUUCUGAACAUACAAACUUCAAAAAUUCAGUUGGUUUAAGGUUUGAAGCCGAACAUGUACGUGAUUGUUUGUGUGCAGGAAAACUUGAGAGUGACUUGGUGUCACAUGCUGCAUCGCAACGUAUUAUGUCUUAUAUGGAAGAAUGUAAAAAGCAGUUAAAUAAUUUAAAACAACUUUCUGAAUAGUAAAUGGAUCAAUGUAUGAAACAAUAAAUGGAGCAUUAAAUAGAUCUAUGUAUAAAGCAAGGCAAUUUAACAUUAAGAAAACAUUGAAAUUUUGAAAGUUUAACAAAGAAAUAUGUGACAUAUUAGUCUGUA